CAAUCAUCCCCCGUCUUCCUCGCACAAGUCACAUCUCGCGUUUGGCAAGAGGCUGGCCAGCAGCUAGACAAGCAUCAAAAAGUUACUUCGUAAACUCAAGGGAUAACAUAACUAGGGUUUCAGGACAAGUAAAUUGGUUAAACCUCCCACAAGCCAGCCAUGGCGGAAUCGUAAGUGAACAUUCUGGUGACUUUAUAAACUCUUUGAUACAAACGAGGACAUAACUAAUCGCGCUUUGAUAAUCUUUGUAGGGUCAAAGUGGCUGUCCGAGUUCGUCCCUUCAACUCGAGGUAAGCCUAGAGAAAGCUUGGUAUAUUCAUUUUAUCGUCUUAUUUUGUAACUGCAAUGCUUUUGUUUUCGCAGAGAGAAGGAUCGAGGAGCGAAGCUCGUUCUUGAGAUGAUUGGGGCUCUAACACAGAUCACCGACCCCGACAAUCCAGGUAGGUUAACAACGUAAUUUGUCGUCUUCGCGCUGUAGGAAUGUUUACCUUCCAUGAGCUGUCUGCGGAGAAUUUUCCAAGUCGCUUUUACUUUUCUUCAAUUAACUGUUUCAAUUUUUUUCUCUUUCAUUUUUCUCACAGGAAAUCCGCCAAAAGAGGUGAGAAUAUAAGACUUGCCAUCAUGUUUUUGUUUCGUCAUUCUGACAUCAACUUGCUACCGGUGAAUACUUUGGGCUUGCAAGUUUAAGCUUACAGUUUCUGUAAAUUUCCCUUUAAUUGCGCAACACUAAGCUUAACUCUAAUUUUUUUUCUUUCUUUUCAUGAUGGGUCAUGGUGCAGUUUACUUUCGACUUUUCGUAUUGGUAAGUGCUAACGAUUUGUUUUUGGGAGUUGAGCACGAAUUGUACAUUAAUAGUCACAGGAGUUCACCUUUUAUUAAAUUGCUGAAUACAAGGACUCCCUUAAGCAAACUUUUGUAUUCAUUUGAGAGCCUUAUCUGUUUGUAGUAACGAAUAUAAAAGGUAUAUUACUCCCGCCGUUUUAAUAAACCCAGGUCCCAUGAUGGUUUUAAAGAAGACGAGGCCGGUUAUCUUCGACCUUCAAACGCGAAAUACGCAGAUCAACGCAAAGUAUUUGACGAUCUCGGCGCUGGUGUUUUGAAGAAUGCUUUCGAAGGUAACUGCCAUCAGGCAAAUCUUGUUAAAUAUCGUCUGUCACCUAUCUGUUUACUUCUGAAGAGCUACCGGUAUUUUUAAUAUAUGCAUUUAGCAGCAAUGUGCGUUCGGUAAUAUAAUGACUUUAGCUACUCCUCUUCUAUCUCAUUGUUUUCAUGGCUGUUAAACUUAACCUUACUUCAGAUUAACGUAAGCUUAGAAAAGCUUAGAUUAAUUGCAAUGAUCCAAGCGCGAAAUCCUCAUCAUUUUUGAAGUGAAUAUGUAAUAAUUUAACUUUUAUAUUGAAGACCAAGUAUGAAUAAUAAAAGCGAAACAAAGAUUAAACUGCAACUUUUCUUCCUCUUAGUUCCCAGAUAAGCUUUAGUGCCAGGUCUUCAUUUCUGUUAACCUUAUUAGUAUAUUUAAUGUAAUCAUCUUUUGAUCGUUAAAUACUUAACCGUUCGAAUAUUGAGCUAGUCUCCUGGACUGAGUUUUUCAAAGGUGGUUUACCAUACCCAGAUUUGAAUUCAGAUAUGAAAGCCUAAAAAGCAAAUUCAGUUUAAUUCUUUUGGUGUCUACCAUUUGAUGAUUGGAUGCACUAAAAGAAUAGGGACAAUUAUCUGAGAGAAUGCUUUAAUAUUUAUAUAAUAAAUAUUGUUAUAUAUAACAAAAUAAUCGGCACUUAUCAGCCUUCUUACAACUAGGCCAACUAGGCCCUGGUUAGUUAAAUGCUGGAUAAUAAAUCACUAUCCAGUGGAUAAGUAGUAGGACAAACAAUUGCAUUUUUCGCUGGCUAGAGAUUUAUUUACCAGAUAGUGUCGUCCACCUUUUAAUAACUGAGGCAGGGCGUCUGUUUCUUGAAAAUCCUGGUAGCUUUCCGGGCCCAGAACGCUAUUUUGUGCUUGCUGUAUUUACAUUCAAGAUCAAAGGUUCAAUAAUUUUGACAAUCAUAAAUUAAAACUAUCAGUUAACGAAGCAAAAUUGACUGGUUUUUGAGCUAGGCACUGUGCUACUAUUCAACAAGUUUUAAUUUUAAAUCUGCCUUCGGGCCUGAAAAGUUUCCAGGCCUUUCGAGAAAUGGGCCCCUGGUCUUUUUGAGUAGGUUGUCAUUGAUCUCCAGAUAUUGGUGACUUUGAAUGAUGUAUUGCCACUGGACAAAGAAAUUAACCCCUAAAUUUAUCUAAACUCCUUAAUCUUGGGAUUGUCUGAAUAAAUAGGAAAAAAAUCCAGUUUUACAUACUGAAUUGAACAAGUACAGUGGAACCUGGUUAAUACAGACAUCAAGGCGAUUAAUUGCCCUGGUGUCCAUAUUAUCCAUGUGUCUGUUUUAAGCGGGCUCUCAGAAAAAACAUCGCAGACACAUUUUUUAUUGAUCUUAAGUAAGACUUAAGCAGACAUUUUUGUUGGUAAACAUUGUUUAAUUUGUUAAAAGUAACCGUAACAAGUUCAUCAUAAAGAACUUCACGAUCAUUUGUCAUAGUCUCGGACGAGAAUUUCUAUCUUCCAAGUAUUUGUCUUGAAAUGCAACAAUGGAAUCCUUGACUUAACUUUGCACUGACAUUUUUAGUCUGCCACCCUGCCAUGGUGCAUGACAUUAGACAGAACCUUUGACAGGUCAUUCACUGUUACUGUUAAGUUUUAACUGGUAAGAUAUUCAGUCAUAGAGAGUGUAUUGAUAAACAAUGUCUGUAAAGCAAGGUUAAUGUGAGAAUUUGUUUCUCGCGUUGCAGAAAAGUGUCUGGUGUCCGUAUUAAGCAGGUUAAUGUUAGAGAAAAUGUAUGAACUUUUUUGUCAGGACAAACAAAACUAUCUGUUAUAUGUGGGUGUCUGUAUUAAGUGAGUGUCCACAAAGCGAGGUUCCACUGUAUAUGGGAAAUGCAAAAGCUGACCUGUUGAUCCCUUUGACCCCCCUUUGACCUUUGUCAAAGCAAACAGGCAGAUAUAGACAAUAUGAUAUGACAGUAACAGCAGCACAUAUCUUCUGUGCCAGUUGUGUAUAGCAGUUCAAACAGUGGAAUACACUUUUGCCUUCUUAUUAAACAUAGCAACUUGUUUUUGCUAAAUCUGCCUGAAAUGUGCACUUGAGGUGACUGCCUACAGUUCAACUCAGUUAAUGAAACCAAACUCUUUGUGUUUGACUUCUCUACUGAUGCAGCACCACUGCUUUGUUGUUUAAUUGAGGAAGUGGCUCAGUUUGCUGCAAAUUUCACUUGGGGUGGGAGGGGUUGAUUUCAUGUAGCUGUUGUUUUUAAAAGGGACAGUGAAAGGAAAAGGUUCAGAUAUGAUCUUGACUUGCUUUGUUAUUUUAUUAUAGGUUUUAACUGCUCCUUAUUUGCCUACGGACAGACGGGUGCUGGAAAAUCAUAUUCUAUGGUUGGAUAUGGAAACAACAAGUUAGUAAAUUAUCCUGAUAGAGUCGAAUCAUUAAUUUUAUAAUUUUACCUAAAUAUCCAACUUUAUUAAAGAGUUCCCAUUACUUAACCCAUCCACCCUUGAAAUUGUGGCAAAAAACUCUGUUUGAAGCAUGUUAAACCAUAGUUUGGACAGUUUGACAUGAAAAUAGCAAAACCACCCAACAUGUUUUUUUAUAACUUGAGUACUGUGCUUGAAGUAGAGGUGGGUAGUGGAACAAGAUUUUAUUUUGUUUUCAGGUGAAAGUUACAUGAUUCUUUGCAUUUUCCCUGCUCCAGCCUGUUUGGAUAUGGUUUGAAAGAUGCUUUGAGUAAAAACCAGGAUUUGGAUUUACAUUUUCCUUUGUUUGCUAUUUCUAAUUAUUCAUAGGAGACAAAGGAAAUCCUGGUUUAACGCAAGAACUGAUUCUAUUUGCAACAAUAAGAUCUCUUUGCUUGCGUAAAUGAAGUGUUAAAGUUGUCUAUGGCUGUUAAAAUUGAUAAUUCCACCAGCAAUCAACAAGGGAUGGGAUUUCAUAUAGGUGGUUAUGAGCGGUAGACGUGUAAAUGUGCUAUUAAGUAAAAUUGUUGUCAGCUUUGGCUUCAGUUCAGCUUAUUGUAACUCCCAUAUUUUAUAUCCUUUCCUUCUUCAAAACAAGCAUCAACAAAACCUAGAUUGGAUCAACCCUUGUAAGUCAGUAAUAACAGAAAGUUAGGCAUAGGGUUACAGGGGUUGAUCCAAUUCAAUACAAAAGCCCUUUUGAGGUAAAUUUUUACUUAUGAAGAAAUAAGAUCUUGGUAUAACUUAACAGCAUUUUCCUGGGUACUGUAUGUACUUCAAGAAGGAAAAUGUUUCUUGUAAACCAGUUGGGUCAUAAGCAAAGAGAUAAUAAAAUAAUAUUUUAUCUUUUCUCAUCAGGGGCAUUGUUCCUAUUACCUGUGAUGAGUUGUUUAAAGCUAUGGCUGCUGGAGAUGGAGAGACUGUAAGUGCUUGAAAGAAUAAAAUGUUAAGUAAAGUUCAUCAAAAUGCUAUAAAUUUCGGAAACUUUCUGAAAUUGGCUUUUUCUUUGGGCAAAGUUCUAACUUCCCCUUCCCUCCAUAUGUAUGUAGCACACUAUCCACCUUUAUACAAAUAAGGCCAGGUGAUGUUAUGCUCUCUAGGCAAAUCAACAGCUGCUGCUGCCUUGAAUGAGUUUGUGACUGGAUACUGGCAACAUUGUCGCAUCUUCUAAAUUUAGUUAGAACACUACCUGGUUAUGAAGAAUUUGUAUGAAUGAUACUUUGAUUUGACUGUGUGCCACAGACGUCUCAUUCCUAGAGGGAUUAUUAAAUAAGGAUUGCUCAGUUGCAUGUAACCAAAAUGUAUUAUUACCAGAGUUUCUUACCAAGAGGGCUCUAGGUGCCUAGAGCUCUGCUGAAACACUCUUUGUUUCCACCCAGUGGGUGGUGCCAAGAUGGAGGCAUACCAUGAAGGGUGGUCAAAAGAAGUCAGCUACUCUCUAACAUGGUCACCCACUUAUGCAUCUUUUUUGGCUUUGUUAGUGGUCAAAGGCCAGGCAGCGAACAGAGGAGUUUAAUUUUGAGAAAAACACUUGGCUAUCUAGUUAAAAAUUCUGUGUUAACCCUGUUCAAGUCUUAAUUUAUUAAGACACUGUUCCAAAUCAAAAAAGAGAUUGACAAUAAUUAGUGUAAUCAGUUCAGACAAAUGGUUGUUGUUUUUCUGAUUCACAGAAGUAAUUGUGUUUUUUUUUUCCAUUUUGUACAGAAAUACCAAGUUUCAUUUAGUAUGUUAGAAAUUUAUAAUGAACAAGUGCGUGACUUGCUUGUGAAGAAUAACCCCAAAGGAGGUCUGCAGGUAAAAAAAAAAUUGUUGAUUUUUAAACAGUUAAUAUUGCACACACAUCUUCAUAAACAUUGAGCUAAAUUUAUUUACUUAGGUUUUCCAAUUCAUUGCAGGGUCACCACAAUAGUGUGUGGCACCAAUUACUACAGGCUUAUAAUAGUCCCUCCUCCAAUGAGAGAUAGACCACAACACUGGGGACUACAUCCUCUACUCGUUAUGAACUGUCAGGGGUUCUUUAAUGUCCCACAUAAUUUAUAUGUGCAAGGGUUGUGAGACAGGGCCUACAAUUUACUUUGUUUAUCCAAGAAAACUAGAAAGUCUAACCAUUUGCACUUUAUCCUCAGUUAUUUCAAGACCCUGAGUGUUGGUCCAGCUGAGGCUUGAACCAGCAGUCUCCCGCUUGCCAGACCAGCACUUAUUCAAUUGAGCUAACUGCUCUUACCAUAAAAUUCUGAAAAUAAGCCCUGGGGCUUAUAUUUUUCAAAGGCCCUUUUUGAGAGGCUUAUUUUUGGAGGGGCUUAUAUGUGCAGGAGCUUAUCUACGGAGGGAAAUGUGCGUUUCAAAAGCGAUUGGGCUAGCCUUAUAGUUGGAAGGAAAUUUACCGUUUUUGCUUUGUUUUACUUUGUAUUUGAGGGCAAUUCCAAGUACAAGCUCCCCGGAGGGCUUUUUUGGAGGGGCAAUUUAACGAAGGGUUUUUUGCGUUACGAGUUUGGGGGGGCUUAUACAUGGAAGGACUUAUUUUUGGAAUUUUAAGGUAUCUUAUAAUACAUGUAUACAAUUAAACCUCUCUUCAUAGCCACCACUGGUACAGAGAUAAGUGGCCACGGUAGAGAGUUACUACUUGCUAUCACUUGCUUACUUUGCUUUUAAUGUCACAGGUACGUCAGAAUCCAAAGGAAGGUUCCUUCUUUGUACAGAACUUGAAGAGAGUGGCUGUAGUUGAUUAUGCAGACAUUGAACGAAGGAUAGAAGAAGGUAGGAUCUAAAAAAUUCAGUGCCAGUUCACAUAAAGGUUAUUUAUUUCUACAUAAGCAUAAAUACCAAAAUCAAACAUUGCUUCAGGUACAAGUAUGCUUCCCAAUUGGGUCAUGAUUUUAGGGCUCCUAAACUAGAACAUGCCAGGCUUAGUAUUAUUUUUGCACAAAAGCUUCACUUAAUGAAUGGUGAAAUAGACAUCGUGAUGAAUAAGGUAUUGAAAAAUUGACCCAUGUCUGGAAUUAGAUUCCAUCUAAAUUUGAUUGCAUUUUUUUUUUUCAAAAUAGGGUCUGAAUUUAGAGCCCUGAAAAGAACUCAAUUAUCCAAAACUAAUCUGACUAUAAUUCCCCUGUGACUUACACCAUAUUUGAAACUCACUGGGAAAUUUACGUUUACACAAGUUUGUAUUUCCUGAAAACAUUUUGUUCUUCCUUCUCUCUCAUACAAUUUCUGUUGACCUUCCCUGUCUACCUCCACCCAUGUAGCAAGCCUUAGGACUACUCUGUCAUGUGCAUUAUUGACCAAGAAUAUUGAGCAAGAUGGCUGGAUAAUGGCAAAGUUCUUAUUUACAUUUUUAUUGUCUAGGUCAAUAAAAAUGCAAAAAGAACAAGGCUACUAUACAGCCAUCUUGAGCAGACAAGCUUCUUCAAUAAGGGAUUUAUUGUAUGGCCAAAAAGAAAACUUUUUCUCGGGGGAACAAUGCAGGAAUAAAUCCCAAGUGGGGGCAAGAUGUGCCCAUCUUAGCUGCUUGGGUAGCCAGUCAAAGUACAGGAUUCGCUUAAUCUUACCCUCUCACGGAUUUAGCCAUAUAAUAAAAGACUUUUUCCAUCCAACAGGUACUGCUAAUCGUACAGUGGCUGCAACGCAGAUGAAUGCAACAAGCUCCAGAGCUCACACUGUUGUCACAAUUGUCUUUGAUCAGAUUAGCAAAAACCAGACUGGCCAAGAAACCAAAAAGAGCAGUAACAUAAAUUUAGUAGAUCUGGCAGGUUUGUGUCAAACAACUUUUUUCUGUCUCAUGAAAUACUCCUGUUGUUAUUUUUGUUGUUGUUGUUUUUGGUGUUUAAUUGGUUAGCAUAGAUAUUUCCAGGGAUGUUUAUUAUAGAUUAUUGUGUUUAAAAAGCCAGGAAUUAUGGGUUUCUGAACAUCCCAGAAAGUAUUGAUGAUGUUUUAUUCUGCUAUUUUUUGGGAAAUUAUUGUAGGUUCUCCAUUGAAAAUUAUGUGUUAUCGGGUGUAUUAAGUGACAAAAUUUGGAUUGAAGAUUCUAACCACUGAUGAAAUCCUUUAUAUAAAAAUGGCUUUUUAAAGUCCUAGAAAAUCUACCUGUGUCUUGAAAGAGUCCGUUAAAGUCACUUUUAAAAUGAUUUUAAAUCCUGAAGAAAGCAUGGUACAAUCGAACCCCAUUAAUAUGAACAUUUAGGGGGCCAAAAAAGUGUCCGUAUUAAUCAGGUUGAGAUAAGAGAAAUCAUAAGGGUUUUCUUUCCCCAGGCAGAAAGCCAACUAUCCAUAAUAAUUAGGUGUCAAAAUUAAGCAGGUGUCCAUAAAGCGGGGUUUGACUGUAUUUGUAUGGUAAAUUUAUGAUUUUAUUUUUCCUAUCAGGCAGUGAAAGAGCAGACAGCACUGGAGCCACAGGAGACAGACUCAAGGAAGGAGCUAACAUCAACAAGUCUCUUUCAGCACUGGGUAAUGUUAUCUCAGCCCUGGCUGAUUUGUCCAUGGGAAAGAAGAAAGUGUUGGUGCCAUAUCGUGAUUCUGUUCUCACCAAACUGCUUCAGAAUGCUUUGGGUGGCAACAGUAAAACCAUCAUGAUAGCUGCUUUGUCUCCUGCUGAUAUCAACUAUGAUGAAACACUAAGCACUUUGAGGUAAUAAAGGAGGAGCUUACUGUAUUUGAACUUCACAGCUUCACCCUGUGUGCAGAGCCUCCUUUUGUUAUUUCUUGAUCAAGGAGGAGAAAAAGAGCCUCUGCCAAAUCGCAUUUAGCAUUAAUUGAAGUCACCACAACCCUAAUUGCUUGACUAGUCAAUCCUGUUCAUUUUUCUUGUCAAACUGGUUUGUGCAAACAUCCAUUUAUUGAAAAACCAGUGGCCAUCAGAGCUGUCUUUAAAUUUCAGGGAGCCAUAGCAACCAAAGAUUCACCCGUAACAUCUUACAAACAUUCAUAGUGCCACCUUUAGCUUUCCAUUUUGAUCACCUGUAACAUCAAGUGUGCUCAGGCAAAACAGAUGUUACAGGUUAUGGCCCUUAAUGACAGCUCUAGCCAUAACUGAGCCCUCUGUACCAAGUGCCAGGUAUUAGACCUGGAUUUAACUGUAUCCUUGCAACAUGCAGGGCAUGUUCAAUAGAGAUCUUGCUCAAUUCAUGCAGUGUCUUUCUCCAAUACGCCCAAAUCAAAGCAAGUGAAAUAAAGGCUUUGCUGGCAGGGUGCAUAGCUUAAGCUUCCGUUGUAAAGCUUAGCAAAUUAUUCAUUAUUUCGUUCAUCACAAACUUUAAGACAACAUUUAUAGUGGCGUUCACAUUAUCAUGAAAAUGCUUUUGUUAUGACUAUAGUCUCUGCUUCAUGUAUGGAGAGGAUACUACACGGCAGCAGACAGAUCUGAAUAAUAUUAAAUUUACAAAUUAAUUUGUCAUUGUUUUUACCAGAGGAAAAUAAAUUUUAUGCGUCUUCAAGCUAGCUAUUUUAUUUUCCCUCAUAUUUGUGAUAAUUUUUAUUAACAAAUAUGUCUAUCAUAUUUAUGUUUAGCUUUGCUAAACAUUUGAAUCUCCCUCUAUUUUUCAACCGGCAUUUGAUAGCUUUGAUAAAGUGUCUGCUCCAAUCAGGACCUGGAUGUAAAUUUAUAUGACUUCCAUGAGUGGCUCGUCUUCCACUAAAACACUUUUGUUUGUAAGAUAAAUACUGGUAUUUUAGGUUAAGCGAGUUAUUAUUUUUGAAAACCACAUGUAUGCAGAAAGCAAGAAUGACUUCAGGUAACAAGUUUUUACUUAAGUCACUCUAUGUUUGUGCUCAUACUAACGUGAAAAAUCAGAGAUAUAUAACCAGAGAUCAGUGAAAUGCAUAUGAGGAGUCAAAAACUGCCAUUCAAAGCCCUUUAGUUAGAUACAAACAUAGCUUUUUGAUAACAUUACUCUUUGAUAAUUUUUUUGUCAUCAUUAUCAUGUGUUAUUGUUGUUGUCAUACUAUGAUCAUUGUCACUGUCAUUCUCAUUGUCAUUAUUAUUGUCACCAUGAACCACAACAAGAUCAACUUGGUUGUUAAAAUAAUUAUUUUUUUUCACUGUUUAGUGCUUUUAUGGUCUGACAUUAAUAAUUAAGCACAUCACUUGCUAAGCUUUACAGAUGUAUGCACUGUAUGGUAAUUAAGUGACAGAAAAAAAAUUGUUUUCCCUGUAUGUUAAAUCAUACAGGGAAUCAAUCAAUCAAUUGACCAACUCGCGUAAUGUGUUUUUGAUAUUAGAUAUGCUGAUCGUGCAAAGAAGAUCAAGAACAAAGCAGUUGUCAAUGAAAAUCCAAUGGACAAACUUAUCAGGGAGUUGCGAGAGGAAAAUGAAAGGUUAAAGAAAAUGAUUGAAGGUGGUGGAAUGCCUGCAGAUACUUCUGGCAGAGAAUUAAGUGAGUAUUUACCCCGCUUUCAUGUACUGAAACACAGAAAGCUUAGGCUGUAGUUAUAAUCCUAAAUCUAUUAUUUUUUUUAAUUUAUCCCAGUCAACCGAUCUUAAUCUCAUAUGACAGCAUUGGCACAAGUAGUUGUUCUUUUAUUGUUUUAAAAGAUGUUUUGUAGUGGACAAAAGCAAACUUAUUAAGAGUCCCCUGUACAUCUUAUGUACAUGAAAGGUGUGAUUUCAUUUAUUUAAUGUGUUCAUAAAGUUACCGUUUUUUAGUCUUAUUUCCAGAUCACAUUACUUGCUUAUCAAUUUGCAGUGCAAACAUAGUUAUGAAUCAGUUUGAUCUCCAUGGCUAUUUGAUAAGUGUUUGGGUGGAUUAAUAACAAGAUUUUCCAUCUCUGUCAAGUUUCAAUAUAGGAUUAUUUCCAAUUUUUGAAGUUGCCGGAGAAAUGAGCGAAAUAGCCAGAACUUGCCAUAUUUCUAAUUCUUGAUUAUAUUGUCAACAUAAAUUGUUUCUAACAUUGGUGGGGGGUGGGGGGGGGGAAGGUGCAGUUGUUCAGAAGGUGGAUAGAUCAAUGUCCAUUGGAUAAAUAUUGGGAAAACUAAUUGCUUCUGUAUAGAGAUUUAUCUGGUGAAAAGUGCUAUCCCCCUUUUAAACAUAUACAGGGCCUGAAAGUUAACUAACCUGUGCAUGUCGCUUUUAAUGCAAUUUGCCAGUUCCUUGUUGUCAGUACAUGUAAAUGAAUGUUCUUGCUCCUCUACAGGAAAUACUGUAUCACAAUUUUUUAUUACAAACUGUGCAAAUUAAUGUGCUUCUACAGUGCCUUGCUAGCCCUCUUAGCUUGGAACCUACUUUUUUGCUUGUCCUUUUAAAAGGUUGAUGACUGCCCUGUGAAGAUGUUUUUCAGUAUUAAUUUACUCAUAGAUAUAUUAUAAACCAACUUGAUUUGAGGAGUUGAACUUUCUCAACGUGAAAGAAACUUGAUAGCGUUGAGUCUCUAAAACGCUAUUAUUAUGCUGCAGCUGAAGCAGAGAAAGAGGAAAUGCGCAAACGAGAGGAUUUCCUUGCAUAUAUGGAACUAAAUAAUCAGAACAUGAUGAGCUGGGAAGAUAAGGUCAGUUUCCUUACUUUGACUUUUCAUUUCUGCUUUAUUCUUAACCAUUUUUGCAAUUUCUAAUUUUUUGCGAUUUUGACAAUAUUAAAAAAAUUAACUUGUCAUGAAUGAUAAGAACACCCCAUAUAGUGUAAGUAAAUGCUUUGUGGCAGGAUUAGCUCAGUUGGUAGAGCACUUGACUGCAGAGACGGUGGUUGCGGGCUCGAUUCCUGGGGUGGGACCAAUAUUCAGGGUCUUGAAAUAACUGCGAAAUGAAGGUGCUUGCUCUGCCCUGCAAACUGCAAGACCUUUGUGUGGCUCGGAUGACCACAUUAUAUGGUGGUCCCGUGUCCAGAAGGAGACGUAACAAUAGUGUCCCAGGGGCAGAUCUAGAGGGAGGGUGCAGGGGGUGUGCAUACCACCCCCUCUCCCACCCCCUGAGAUGACCUGUGGUUUUCUAAUACAACUGGUAUUCGGGAAAAACAAAAAAAGCUUUGUGGUUUAUUGGUGGUGAAGUAAAACAUGAGACGAGUUUGCAGAAUUUAUGUGAAACGCCGUAAAAAUGGUAGUUUGGCCCUCAGGCUGAAGUUUGGAGCCCUUGGCUUCCAUUGGUCAGAGCAGAUGUUCUGCUUGCAUCAUCGCCACAUGUCUUAUUCAUGGGUAUCCUGUGGACUUCACAGCAGUUCACAUUAUGUUGUUGCCUAGUCAUAAGCCUUCUUCUUUGUAUUCGCUUUUAAAAUUUGUUUACGCCACCUGUCAGUUACGCCAUUCCCUAUUGGUGCACCCAAGAGAAAAAUCCUGGAUCCGCCUCUGCUGUCCUCAGUUAGUACUUGCAUGCUAAAUAUAGAGAUCGAGACUAUCAAGUGAACAAAAGUUUUCUGUUGUUGAUGUCUUAACAGGUGAAACAGUCUCAGCAGGAUGAUGCUGCUUCUGGAAAACCGGAUGAGAAACAGCGAAAAAAACAAACUAUACCCCACUUGAUCAACUUGAAUGAAGAUCCUAUGCUCUCAAGAGUCAUCUGUCAUUUUCUAGAACAAGGUAGCAUUAAUGCCAUUAACUCUGAAACAAAUAAACUAGCAUUCUACAGAUGUAACAGAAAAAUGUCAGUUUUUAACGCCUGUGUCAGAAAAGGGAUUAAGGUGCCUGAGGAGGCCAUGGGGCUGCAAAGGCAAUGCAAGUCUUUUGUCACACCUUACCAUUUGGGCAAGCUGAAGCUAGCAUUUACUAGCCCAAACGUCAUUUUAGCUUCAGGUGUAGUACCCAAAACUUUUUGAUGAGCAGAAUUGAUUUCACAGUUCUUCGGUUAUUUGUAUUACUCAAAAAACUUCACUUGUCCAUCAGGCAAGUUUAGAAUAGGAUUCACUAGCCCCGGGCUAUCGGACACUACUUUCUUUGCACGCUGAAUGACACCCCAAGGCACUAGAACGCCCAACUGGCCUGCCCAAAACUGCAACCCAAUCACGAGUUCCCAACACCAAGCCACAGUACGCACAACAACCUGUGAUCUUGCACCUUGCACUCUCUAUAACCAGAUUGAACCCUGCUGUUGUUAUUCUGACUGAUGAGCUUGUUGUUUAUACGUUUUUAGAGGUAACAAAGAUAGGAAGAAAAGAUGCUGAUCCUGCUCCUGAUAUUCCUUUUAGUGGCCUGAGGUGAGUGGCCAACAUUAGACGUCCUAGAUCGAAGUUUGGUUUUGGUUCUCAUUAAUAAGAUUUAAGUCACAGUGAGCUUCUAAAAAUGUUUAGCAAUUGCCGAAUAUUUGUGCUCAGCAAUGCGUGCUCCCGGGGAUACAGGGGUGGGGGAAGGAAGAGAGGAAGGAGAGAGUUCUCUCUCCUUUUUGGCCCCACCACCAGAGCGCCUCGGAGAGCUUAUACUUGGAGGCUUGAAACAAUGCGUUGAUGCAGGUGUCUGGCUGUGUAGCUAACAUAAUUUGCAUCGCUUAUAAGAUCACAUGUUAGUCGGCAUGGCGUUGUUUUUUAUCUUUCAUGUGAUCUGUGCGAUGCAGAUUAUUUUGGCUACACAGCCCGACGCCUACAUCAACGCAUUACUGAACACAAAUCUUCGGCAAUUGGUAAACGUUUUUUAGAAGCUCACGCUGACGCAAAUCUUUUGAAUGAGAGCCAAGCUUUGAAACUAACUUUCUUUGUACCCAGUGGUCCCCAUUUAGGUUGUAGAGAAGAACUCUACGCUUUUUUGUGUAAGAUGGACAAAGGCUGAAAACAUAAGUUUUAAAUUUUUCUUCUGUUCCGUGUUAUUUUUUUAAACAGCAUUCUUAAACAACAUGCUUUGAUUAAGUCAAGUAAUGGAGAAAUAACCAUUGAGCCUGCAUCGCCUGGAGCCAAGACAAAAGUGAAUGGCAUGCCACUUACUGGCGAACGUGUUCUGAAAAACUACGACAGGAUUUUGUUUGGUGAGUAAACGGCAACAAAAAUUUGCAGCCAUUUUUGCAACAUUGCUGCAAAACGAGUUGAAUAGCGGGGUCGCGCGUUUUACCACCCACGAAUCAAACCUGUCUUGCAGCAAAUUAGGUUCUUACAGGUUGCGAAAUGUUGUUGCAGAAAGUAGAAAGUAAUUCUACUUUUUGCCACAAAACCGGUUUAUUUUUGUGCGUUUUACCUGCCCAAGGUAAAGCUUGUUUUGCCGACGGUGACGUAAAUCCCGUGUAUGGCUUGACUCCAGCGUAAUUUUAACCAAUCAGAAAUCAGUAUUCACGUAACUUGCAACUAAACUUCAAAGACAUUUGAGCGGCUCAUAUAUUGAGGACUUCUUGUAUUUUAUUUUUUCGUUUGUUUGUAAACGCAUGUAGUCGCAAGACAGAGGAACACACCUUUAUAGGUGUGUUGUGGUUGAAUUUGGUCCUUUGCUUCAGUAUUAGUUUACAUUGUACGCUUUGAAUGAAAAUGAGUUUAAAACAAAGGACAUAAAAUUAAUUUCAAUAGUAAAGAUCAAUGACAAAAAAAUCAAACUGAGUCCAUUCAGGAGCACAAAAAGAAUGCCUCCUGUGUCAACGGCGUUUUCGCAGACCAGUUUAUUUUUAGAUAGAUUUUCCCGUGAAGUUUGACCAUCAAAUAAAUCUUACAAAUCAGUCAACAGAACCGUAGGCCAGAACAUAGUAUAUUUCAUGUUUUGAUAGCUUUCUUUUCUCCUUUUUUCACAUAUCAUACGACAUAUGAGCAAAUUUACGAAGCGGUGCUUCCAUUUUCGCGUGAAAAAUAUAAAGUGAUAAACGCCGUUGCAUAGGCCAAUGCUAUGUUCACAGUAUAGCGGGUAACUUUUCGUGCCGACAAGAAGAAGUAUCCGAUAUAGUGUGGCUCUUGGUGAACACCUAUCUGACGUGUGACUCUCGACUUUAGAGAUCGGUUCGGCUCGGUACGUACGGCACAGCGUCGCUCCGCGGUUACAGAAAUUGCGUCGAAGUCACCGUUCAUAUGUGUGAACGGGAGCGCUAUUCGGUAUGCGCAUAUGGUUUUCGUGUUGGCGCUAAAGCUGUCCGGAAUAGUGUGAACACCUAUCUGAUAUGUGACUCUCGACUUUAGAGAUUGGCUCGGCUCGGUACGGCACAGCGCGAUUCUUACGUGUGAACAGAAGCCCUAUCCAGAAUGGUUUGCGUGUCGGCGCAAAAGCUUUUCCUAAGUGCUAUGUAAGGGAUGUAAGGGGGUUGCAUGCUCUAUGAUGGACUGAACGACGCAUGCUCCGGCAAAUUGUUGCAGCACUUAUUGUCAAACCAUCAUCGCCAUCAUCCUUCGGCUGCAGAGCAGUCGACCACAAGUCAGUUUCUUCAUCGAUGGCGGCCUUGAGCCAUUUCCAACAGCUGGUUGGCUAUCAGGAUCUCCAAGAAGACAUUGAAUAUAAUUGGUAAAGAAGGUUCGCUGAAAUGGUAACAGUGUUCUUUGUUUUUGUUUUUCCACAGGUUCUAACCACAUGUAUAUCCUUGUUAACCCAAGCAACACUGAGAAAAGUGAAGGAACCCCAGAUAAUGUGGAUUGGGAAUUUGCUCAGAAAGAAAUUGCCCAAGCUAAGGGUUUUGCUACCGGAACUGGCUCUGGACUUACCAAAGGUUGGUUACCCAACGCGGAACUUUGACCAUUAAUGUAACAAUAGUCCAUGGGUAGACCAUGAAAAAAGCCGUUUCUGUAAUUGUGGCGGUAUAUCCACAUACAAAUUCUCCAGACUGAUCUCUGUACAUUUCCUUGAAGAAUUAGUUGAAAGAAGUUGUGGACUUGAGCAUAAAAGGUAAUGGCAUAAAAACAUGACAUUUUCCAAUUGGUGAUCAUUUUACGAUUAGAAAGCAUGUCAGUUAGUUUCUACCUAAACAAUAGUUACUAGAUUACUUGUUCUCGUUUCGAAAGAGUCAAACAGUUACCUCCGUGCUACCUGCCUUGUUGAUUAUUGACUCGACUUUCGAAAGAGUACCUAAGAAGCUCCGCUCACUUUACAGCUUUUUUGCUGUGAAACUCGUGAGGUCUCGUCGUACUGUUCUCGUGGCAAGUCUAAGUAUCGAUCCAAAAAAAAAGUCGGUGUACUAGUCAAAGUGUGACAUCACCAUCAUUGUUUUUUUGUUGUUAUUAUAAACAGAUCAGGCAAGAGCCCAAGAGCAAGUGUUGGAAUUGCUUCCCAUGGUCAGUGAAGUUAAUGCCAUCAGCGAGGAACUCAACAAACACAAGUAAGUGUUUGACUUGUUCUCUUAUAAUCAAAGCUACCUACCAACCAGUUCAUUGUUGCUUUAAAGCUGACACGGAAGUUGAGAAGUUGGCCCCGUGAUUUUUACGUUGAGCACGUUUUUAUGCUUUAUGGCUGCUAAAAGUUCUAUGGCCUCAGGGUAUUGAAUUCAGGGCUAAGGAAUGCUGGGUUUUUUUUUGUGCUUUCUAGCUUUAUAGCCAGAACGUCCGUGUUGGUCUGUCCGUUCGUAAGUCCAUUUCUAUUAGGGACCCUACGAAACUACGACGGCGACGGCAAGGAGAACGUCAAAAAAGCAAUGGGUUUAAUGAGCAGAACAACAACUGUACACGUGCAUCGCGCUUUUCUGUACAUUUCUUUGCUGUCCCUGCACAACUACGACGUGAAAUGACCAAAAUUUAAGUUUACUUGAGAACGGGAACAGCGAUAAAUUCUCCCAUCUCUGUCCGAAUUCGGGCGCGGUCCCCUCUCUUCAACUCCAACCAUAAUUCCCUUCUUUUAAGUAACAGGGCGAAUUGGGAUAAUCACGAAAAAGUUUAAAAUGAUGCGAAGUCUAUUUUUCGUGGACGUUUUCAUGGACGUCGCCGUUGUCGGAUCGUAAGGUCCCUAAUGUCCUCGUAGCGCAAGGCGUUAGCCCUUAGCCUUCGAAGCCGAGGGUACCGGGUUUGAUAUCCACUAUCGUCCUUUUUUUUUCUCCCGACGAAUUUUAUAACUUCUUUUCUUUUUUUUUUUUUUUAGCCCAAUAAUUUAUUAUUAAGAAAGUACAUUACUCAUUUCAAAGGUAAUUAGAUUAAAAGCAAUAAAUUUGCAAGAAGCUAGUAAGUUACAAUCGAGAUCGCGUUCGAUCGGUACGCGAUGGCACCUUUCCUUUUCAAGGACUUUGCCAACCUUGCGGUUUUUUUUCGCUUAAAUAAAACAAGGCACACAGAGUGAAACAAACUAUCAAAUAAUUUAAAUUUGCUUGUUUGGAAUUAAGUGAACUCGUAGCAAACAGCUUUCUUCGACGAAUUUACUAGUUUCUCUUCUUCUUUUAUUACUUUUUAUGGUUACUGGAGUAACCUUUCAUAGCCUGUAAGCUCAUGUCCUCGUAGGGAAAUAUUUUCUGUCUUUCCUAACAAAAUCUUCUUUUUUCUCUCCAGGAGCUUUGAGGUGAUUCUUAUUUCAGCAGCUGCUCAGGGUGACGGAGGAAAUGCGGGAACAAAGUAAGUUGUUCACCCUUUUAAAGGUAUAAAGUGUUUAUAAGGGAUUUGUCAAUUUUAAAGAAAGCUGUGUAAUGUCCAUUCCAACCAGCUGUUCAGUCUAUUUAAAGCAAUAUUGGGGCAUCAAACGCCGCCGGUAGAACUUUUGGUAAUGCAUUUUUACUCGUGAAUUGCGUGUGCAAUAAAACGAGUGAUAGCAAUGAAUCGAAGUUGGUUGGUUGGUCACUUUAUCAUUUCACAGGUUAUUUAAAGGGUACCCGGUAAGUGUGUACCGACAAGUCACAGAAUGCUGACCCUGCUUUAAAAGGAUCUUGCAUCCACAAUAAUACCAGAACCGCUCAAAUUCCAGUAAACAAUGACAACAACGCGAGGCUUGGUAUGUCAAAAUACAGUGAUUUGUGUGAAUUUAUCCACCCAAGCAUCGACCAUGUUUAACUGUAUGUCGUCACUGAAGCGGAAGCCGGGAAAGGUCUUUGUGACCCGGGGGGGGGGGGUGACCCUGUUUUAAAAAGAACUUUCAUCCACAAUAAAACCAGACCCGCUCAAAUUCCAGUAAAAAAAGACAACAACGCGGGGGUUGGUAUGUAAAAAUACAGUGUUUUGUUUGAAUUUAUCCCCCCAAACAUCGGCCAUGUUUAAAUGUAUGUCGUGCCGGGAGGGGGAGCCGGGAAAGGUUUUUGUGGCCCGGGGGGGGGGGGGUACUCGAUAUAUCCUUGGGUGGGGAGGUGCGGCUCGGCCCCUCAUGCCCUGACCCUGUUUAAGACAAAAGUCGCUGAUUUUCCUACCCUGUUUAAGACAGAAUUCCGAUUUUUGAUACCCAGUUUAAGACAUUCGUAGAACAUAAGCGCAGGCUAUUUAUCGUCUAAGAACAGGGUUAUGGGCUCCUGUUUAAGACAAAAAUCCCGAAAAACAUACCCUGGCUGGCCGCACGUCCCCACUAGGCCCUUAUAAGGAAGUACCCCCCCGGGCUUUGUGGAGACCCAGAUCUUCUUGAACAAGAACGCGCUUACACCAGGAAUCAGUCUCGCCUGCUUGAAAAUUAGAUCGAGGAAUGAGGAGGCGAUUAAUUCUACAAGAAACAUGAUUUACUCGCUAAAGGUUUUUUACUUCCUACUUUAUCGACGUCGAUACUUUUUAUUUGUUUCUGAAUUGAUUUAGUAUGCGUGUUAGCGACGACCAGAACACCUCUGCGGUAGCAGGCUAAACGCGUGUAUAAUUACACGAAAAUGGAAGGGUCUCGAUUCCAGAGAAAUUACAUCAUUGCAAAAUAUCCAAAAAGUGAUUUACAUGGUACGUCAUUUCAAUCAUCGCCGAAAAUAAAUCGCAUGCUCAUCACAAGACCUAUUUGCAUACAGUGAAAGUUUACAACACCUGACCAUCGCAAUUUUGCUAAUUAAGAUUCUUAUUUUUUUUCGACCACUAAGUAGUGUUCACUUGUUCCAAAGUAAUCAACGCUUUCACGCGAUAGAAUUCGUGGACCGACAAGUUUCGGAAAAGCUCUAAAUUUAAUCUUUCCUAAGCUUUCUUCGCAAAACAUGCGUGGGUUCGAUCACGAAACGGUUCUUAGUCCCAGUUUCCACGGUCUCCGCAAGGAACGCCUGGCACAAUGACCUCCCUUUCGUGUCCUAAAUACGACCAAAAAUUCCUGGGGGUACCUCUAGAAAAAUUGUGUAGGGGUGUGCGGCUUGCUUCCAGAAACCCUUACCCUAUUUCAAACCAAAAGCUGUGAUUUUCCCUACCCUAUAUCAGACCUGAUCAAAAAUUUGAUACCCUAUUCCAGACCUGAAGCCCGGGAGCCCGGCGCGUGACCGGAGCGCGUGACAAGCUGUUACGGCACGUACAUGGUUGUUGGCGUAAACAUUAAAAGGGAAAUGGUCUUAUUGCCAAAUGAUGAAGAAGUAGCUAACUCUUCUAAAAAGCAUACCCAAUUCAAGACUAGAGUGCACAAACCAUACCCUAUUUCAGGCCAAAAUGGUCGAAAUUGAUACCUUAUUUCAGACCAAAACGGCUGAAAAAAAAAACAUACCCUUUGGCGCGGCACCUACCCAUAGAGCCUAUAUAAGGGACUACCCCCCGGGGCGAAAAACGCGUUGCAGAUUAUAUGUCUCGCUGCUUACGCAAGCGAGACUAAUAAUCACAAUGAAGUAAUCCACAUGAAACAUCUUUAGUUACACUGAAGCGUCACUGAGGAGUGGAACACAGAAACAAUUCCAGCUAGUGAUUACUGCGGGGUUGAACCCCCGAACCUCCGUAUUUCGUGUCUGACACGCUUACUACUUGGCUGCUACUUGCUACCCUGCCUGCGUUUCGAACCUAACUCAGUGAAUAUUUUCCAGAAUGUAUACACAGGCGUCAGUUGUCAAUUUCGGUCAUAUUUGUGUUUUUCAGAGUGAUGGUGAAAAUGAAGAGUUUACUUAACGGAAAUGUUUGGCUGUGGGACCGUGGAAAGUUUAUGAACAGACGUUUUCUAAUGCAGGUAUUAAAAUCACCACUGGAGAUGACAUGCCAAACUGAAAGUAGAAACAUAACAGCUGGCAUUCAGUAAGAUUAAGAACACGACAAUCCCGCGUCCCGAACUUCUGUCUUUGCUAUCCCGUUUACCGUUUUGUUUCCCAUUACCGCAUCCCGCCUAAAGAUUUAGGCGAGGAGCUAAGCGUUCAAAUCCCGUAUCCCGUAAAGAAAUUUUGGGUCUUUCCAAAUUCCGCACGGUAAGUCGGUCAAAUCCGGACUCCCGAGAAUACCUUCCCAGACCCUCUUUUAUCAUUUCUGCGUCGCAGCGGCACCCAUCAAUAGUGAUUCAUCAAGAUUUUUUUUAGGAUAAGCAUGCACGGCCAACAAAGUCUAGAGCAAGCGAUUAUAUAACUUCAUUUUUCCUUUGUUAGGAUUUAUAUCAACGAUUCCUUGAAAAAGAAGAUGUGGGCUCACUUCCUAAGGAAGAAGAUCCGUUUUGGGAACCUCCUGAAGAUGUCCUUAUUGGAACAGCUAAUGUGUUUUUACAGAGUCUAAGCUUUGCUCUAGAUUUUGAUGACAAGCUCUCUAUUACUGACUACAAGGUAGGCAAGAAGAGUCCUGUUGUAUUUUCCGUUUCGUUCUUGACUUUUAACAGUGGUUUGUUCAGAAUUUCAGUCAGUGGAUUUCGUUAGGUUGGUCACCGAAAGAGACCUUUCAAGCGCUUUCCAUUUAUCGAAAAAUUUCGGGAAUUCCAAUUGGGAUGUAAAUGAAACACAUCGUUCAAGUUGAAAAUUCCCGAGAAUAAGUGGAACUUUUGAAAGGUUGUCUAGUGUUCUCGUUGGAAACAUUUCUAGUGAAAAUUCGUGUUCAGUUGCGUGUUUUCACAGUGAUUCACCACUACCUUGCUAUUCACCACGAAUUUUAGCGAGAGAGGGGAAUGAAUGGAGCUUGUCAAUGCGUCAGACGGAACACAUUCUUCGUGCGUUGUCCAUCGAAGUUUCUGAAAGGUUUUGGUUAAUGGAAAACACCCUUUCUUUUUAGUUUUCCUUUUGGUGCACCCAUAUUUAACUAGUUGUUUCAUAGACGCCGGACUGUUAGCGAAAAUCCUGGGCUGUUUGCUAUGACAACUAGUAUCCUUUGUUUACUGCUAACCCAGAAUUACUGCUGACCCGGAUUCGACACAACUAGUCCCCGAUGUUCACCGGCGAAAAAUGUCUGCGCAUGCACUACUAAAAAUGACACGUGAUCGAUUUCAGGUAAUGUAAUUGGAUCCGAGGCGAAAAUGCCCGCGAAAUGUUGUUCAGAUGAAAGUAGCGAUGGCAGCUUUUUUUGGCAGUGACAGCGUUGCAAAUUUCUUACCACUGUAAGAGAUCAAAAAUUAUGUUAUCUAGGCUAUUCUAAAAAUAUCCGUAUAUGCAUUUGCAACCCAUAUUAAGCUGCAAUUAAUCUUCUUUCCACUGGAAUAAACAAACGAUGGAGGUAUUGCCGCCAUUUUGAAUUUGGCAAUGUCACGUGGUCUCGCGUCAACCAAUCAGACGUUUUUCGCCGGUGAAGUCCUCGAUGUUGACUGGUUAUUUACACAUGCGUAGUAUGAACGACCUUGUAAGUACAUAGACAUACAUUGUUUGAUUGAUGUGAUAAUUGUUUAAAAAAGAUCUCUUUUCUUUUUCUUUUAGGGAGAAGAGGUAGCGACAGUCGUCAUUCAUGUUUGUCCGUGCUAUGCAAAUGAGAAGCCACUGAACGAGGAAUUCUUUGUCGAUGAUCCUUCUGAGCUUCUUGGCAAAGAUUAUCAUUUCAAGGUAUAUGGCUUUUGCAGUACUCUUUAACUUUGAAUAAUUAGGUAAGUAAACAGUCCGUGAACAAGGAAAUGUCUGUUAAAUCCUACGAAAUAAGCUGUACUAUGCAAAAAGUUCGUUGAAAGAGGUUUCGUUUGAAUGGUAACACCACAGGAUUUCCUCCAUGAGAGAUUUAAAGUGAGCGUGACAAAUCGUCCUGCCAUAAGGUGGUGCAGGAGUGAACCAUUCCUAUUUGACCACAGGAGUCUGUGGUCAAUUAAUAGGAAUCUGGAAAGGUUGGGGUCAGUAGCCUAUGAGUAGUAGUCAUCGGCUCCUGUUUGGGGCAGAACACGGGAGAACUUGAAGAAAAACUUACGGACCAGGGCCAAAAACUAAGAGCAAACUCAAUUUGAAUACGAACGUCGAGACUCAGAAACAAAUCUACACCGAACAGGAGUGCGCCAGUGACUGGCCUGAUCAUCAACCGGCUGCCCUAUCUAUGACUAUCCUGCCCUGGGAAGUUGUGUUAUGUUAUAUUUGUCAGGUCGCUAGGCUCGAUUUCCGUCGUUUUUUGUGUCUGGUCUUGAUCUUCCCCGAGAAGAGAGGAGGAGAAGGGCGAGCUCAUUUCCCAAAUGGUGGCUGAUAAUCGGGCCUACUGGGACUCGACUACCAUCGAAAAGCUUCAGCCGUCGUCCAGUGUUUUUCCUCACUGUGUUAUGUAUCGUUGCAGGUAACCAUUCGCAAUGCUAUCGUUCAUGACGCUAGGUUCAACAAGGGUCUGUACAUCAAGUACAUGCCUUUUAAGGAGACUGAGUUCACUUCAACAAGCGUCGUUAAGGCCACCCUGGAGCCUGAGUUCAAUCACUCUCAAGUGUUCCACUUUGAAGAAGUCAAACAAGAGCUACUGGAUUGGUUUGACGGUGGCUGUAUCGCCUUUCAGUUGUUUGGUCGUCAGGAAGACAGUGACCCAGACUCAACCCGUACAAGAAUGACCACUAAGGUACUGGGACUCUCUCUGGUGUGCGAACGAAUGCAACAACUCCCAAUAGCACGAAACAACAUGCAACAGGGUGUGCAAACGGACGCAUCAUAUAACAUCCAACAAUGUUGCGCCUGUUUGCCCGGGGCUUAAGCUUAUACUCACGCUGACGUCACCCAUUGACAUAAAUUUGCCAACCAGAAGCGCAUUGGUUCCUGUAACCAAAGAUUAUUUAGUUUCACUCGUUACCAAUUUCAAGAACAAAAACAAUGUUUCUCCUAUGUCACAGCGUUUUCACGGACCGAUUUAUUGUUUUUUACAUAUUUCAGGUCACUUUUUUCCAGCGAAAAUGGAAGCUCUGCUCCAUCUAUAUGCGCAUUCAAAUUAUAAGAUAUAAAAAAAUGAAAACUAAAGUAAAUCUUCAAAAAUACCAUUUUCAGGUUUGUAGGUCUUGCUGGCUGGAUUGUGGGUCUUAAAUUCGCGCCCAGAUCGACAUGAAAAUAAACUGAUUUGUGAAAGUGCCCUUACACGAGUAAAUAAAAGUUGCUUGUGGUGUCCUAAGUGCAAUCCUUCCAGUACGGAUUGGGACUUAUUUUACCAAGACGAUAGUAUACUAGGCUGUACUUAUACCAGCAGACAAUCAAACAGACCAAUCAGAUCCCGCGGGGGAAUUAGCCGCGGCAAAGCGCGGGAAAACACUGCGCGCAAGCCGCGAUUAGUUUUGGUUUUCUUCUGUUUGGUUAAGGAAGUGGCACGAGAUUUUCAACGAAUCAAAAACCGUAGUGCUGCAGAUGAGCAAUGCAAUCGCGAAAUUAUUCCAUAAACUCAAGUAAGCGUGGUUAUUUUAUAUUUUGUUUGCUUUUGUAGGAAUUACGACAGAUGGAAAUGCAAAUCGGUAGACCAGGAAUGGGUCCACGAUCUACCACCAUGAUAAAUACUGACACCUCUACUGCUCAACUUAAGGCUGAGCUUAUUUUGCUUAAGAGAAAGAACCUUCGUUUGGAAAAGAAAGAAAAACGUCUGCAGGUGAGCCUUGUAGCAUGGUAAAAUACUGGUUAAGCUAAAAAAACUGCCUUCAGUUAAGCUGCCUGAAAACUGUGGAAAAAAAUCGUGGUAUUAUUCUAGGCUACUGUUUAUACAUGCCGUGCGGGCCUUGAGACUAUCAUGUCUAUGUAGUGAUUCAACCAACUACGCGACGGACAAGCCACGCGAACAACUUUGUAAACGUUAUAUGCUAUGCAAGAGAGAAACUUCUGCUCGCAGGGUAAUUCAGGAAUAACAAUGAGUGAUAAAAACGCGAGGUUUCAACGGCAGCUUGUUGCCCUGAUUAUUAGUGAAACGAAAUCUCUAUUUUCAAAGUUUGCCCACUCUUGUUAUAGUUGAAAUCCAAUUCCCUUCUGUUUAUCGAAAUUCCGAAACACUCAAGAAUAGUUUAAUGUUAAGGGUACGUUUAAACAAAACUGAACCACCAUUUUGGGAUUUUCUUUGAUGUCAACCUCUUUUUAAGGGUUUUAAAGCAUUAACUCGCAACAACUCCUUGAAAAGACCCUGAGUAUUGGUCGAGCCCCAGGGACUAGCCUGGCAGCAAGCCAUCAAGCUUUCCUUUUUGAGUGGGAAGUGACGUGAUCCACGAGAAAAGCGCGCGAGUGAACCGCUAGGGGCGGGACGAACUGCCCUUUCGCUUGCGGCUCGCGCGUGGUUUGACAUUAUUCCCGAAAUAGAGUGUUUCCUCGCGUGGUACCAGGUAUGGAACCUGUGCAGUCCAACGGUCUUCCAACUCGGUUAACCCUGCUGCUUGGAAAGCGUUGGGUUAGUGGCAGGUCCAUGGUGAAAACUAGGAAAGAUAGACUAAGAGUGCUUUCUUGACUAACCAAAUCAGUCAUGUUUGUAUUUCAAUAUAUACAUAUCGCUUUCUGUUGGCUAGGAAUUAUGUGAAGAGUGGGGUAAGAAACCGAAAGAAGAACAGUCAUUUGAAGCAUUUCACCGCGCAAUCUCCGCUGCAGCAGCUCAUCAGGGGGGAAAGCUGAAGUAUAAAGUCAACAUGCUUAUGGGGGUAAGUACAUUAAAUCACCUGACUAGGGAGGGGAAAGGGCCUUUUAAAACCCCACCACAAUUAUUAAGGAAACAAGUUGCAGAGGAGUUAUUUGCACUUUGGAUACGCCAUUUCCGAGUUCAAAAAUACUCACUUUUAAAACGAGGGUAAGUGCAAAACUUUGUCGUGAAAAUGAGUUUUAUUUGCAACAGAGUAAAAAAAAUCAUUUUCACAUCAAGGGCAUCGCACUUAACUUCACUUUAUAACAGAGGCUUGGGGCAACUCGGAAAUGGGCUUAGGGCUAUUUAAGUGGAGUCAAGGUCAAACAUAAGUUCUUUCUGCCCUGUGCUGAAAACGGCUGAAAUACAAAGUCCACGAGCUUAUGUGUCAAGUAGUUUUAACUUCUUGUCAGGGGAGGGGAGAGGUCUUAUAAACUAGGGACGGCUCAGAUACAACUGAUCUGCAAUAAUAAUGGGGUAUAAAGUUUAACUCUAUAUUUUUUCAAACGAGCAAGUCACCAUGCUUUUGAAGAAAGUAGAUCCUUUCCAGUAGGGUAUGGGGAGUCCUUCCCGAAUAUUUUACAGCUUAAAUACAUAGUGAAAGUGCUUAACAAAGUAGGUCGAUAACAUUCACUUCCCAGGUGAGGGGGAGCCGUAUGGCGGGGGUUAAUCCCUGGGAUUUAAGGAAAAAAACUUGCUUAUAGGUCAGCUAGUUAAGCUAAUUUCAUUUGUCACAGUUUGGUAGACUGUCUCAGUUUUCAAAAGAGGGAAAUGAUCAUUUCCGUAAGUUGAUUGGAAUUCAAAAUAAACUAGAAAUACGUGUUUGACAAAACCUCGUGAAGGGCCUCGCUUCGUGCGAACAGUCAUGCUUGUCACUGACGGUGCUUUUGGGGAGGGGGGGGGGGAAUGAAAGAAAAGUAAAAGGGUAAAGCGUCCUUAUGUUACGUCGGUGGCUCGAUAGUUAUCGUCUUAGUAACAAAUGUGAGGCCAAAAGUGUGCUUAUCCCACUCCUUUCUCCAUCACUGCUUCGUUUUAGGGGUUUUUAAAUCUUCGAACGCGGAACGGAUAGGAAAGAAGGUGAAGCGAUUUGAGGUCACCUCACAGAGGGCGGUGCACUAAUCAACUGUGCCAAUCCUUACUCUUAGGUUAAAGGGUUUAAACUCUUAACCUUGAUGAUGUUUUUUUCUUAAUUUCAGUUUUUGAAGGAACAAAAUGGGACUACGGCAAAUGGCGGCCAGAUUAAAGCAGAUCCUAAAGUGCAACCAGGAAGUCGUGCAUGCGCAGUCAUGUGAUUAGCCGCUGACGCAUCUUUAACAUAGUAUUGGAUAGCACACUUCAAAGAGUCUCUAUUAAUAGUCCCUGUAACAAUGAGCCUAUAAAUCAAGUCUAAAAGUGCCUUCGACUGGUCAAUAGUAGUAUUAGCUGUGGUCUUGCUGGACGAGCCUAUUGAAAUUCAUGUUGUCACAAUCACGUCUUCCUUGUUCGUAAUAUAUAGUAGUCGAUUUUAAACACCUGAGUGCAGUGGUUGUUAGGUGUACACAGCAACUUAAGUGAUCAAUAUUUGAUUUCUCCUUACAGUAUCACUAAAUUUUUACGCGGGCAAUACAUACGAAAAGCAGUCUUUUUUCUUGCUCACAGGCUGACUGUAACCUUAAUCCAGUGUAAAUGAUUUUUUUUUUGUUGGAAACACAUCUGCCAAGUUAAACUAAGACAUUUGUAAGGAGAAUUCAAAUAAAAGUCUUGUUACUCACGAAAUUGAAGGUAGGUAGUGGUAGCACAGUUGAAGUGUUUAGGGUUGUAUUUGUAGUAUAAUAUUUAAAUCACUAAUGAGCCAAUCGUAAAGGUACAUUUGAGAGCGAAGAUAUAUAUUUUUAUAAAAGGUGGUUGAUCACUGAGUGUGUAGUAAGUGUUAUUUUUUACCCGACCCCGUAGUAAUAAAUAGUCAUAUUUAAUUACUGCUGUGUUGUCACGCACAGGUGUUCACGAUUUUGGUUUGAAAAUGGUAAGAAUAAGCUUGGACAAAACUGUUUGAUUAAGUUGCUGCCUCAUCCCCAGGAAUCGCUUGUUUGCGGAUAUUACAGUUAAAUAUCCAGGAAAGCUGGGAUGAACGCUAGCGCUCUGCAUUUGCCCGCUCUCCGUGCCCGGUUUCGACGCUUAUUAAAGAGCCCUGGAAAACGUGUUGGGGAGGCAGAGAAAAUUGGGUUCUUCACGUGCAGACAAACUUACGAGAGACUACCCCCCCCCCCCCC